AUAUACACCUGGGCUCUGGACUGUUUCCCUUUGCCUAGUAACAGGCAAAGUGGGAGGGACUAAGCCUGGCAUGACCUAGAAGAGGGAAUAGGCAAAAGACACUCUCAUGGGAAGGGGGAAAGGGACACCAGUUCUGAUCCCAAUAUCAAGGACUGUUCCCCUCCCACACGCUGAAACCUGAGCUAGACCCACAAGAACUGCUCCAGAAGAGACACCGUUCUGAAGCAAUGUGGUGACAUUAAGUAGCAGCAGUGUGAGGGCCUUGGACAAUGUAUUCUUUUGGCUAUUUGCCUUCCCAAGGUGCCCAACCCCAAUUCUUGGCCUAUACCUACAUGCCUGGCUCAAUGGUGUCAGCCCCCAUUCAGACGCACAACUUUAGUAGCCAGCCCCUGGCACUAUUCACAGGGGAUCAGACAAGGUACCGGGACUUGGCUGCUCAGUUCUACACUCUGGGUUCCUAUUAUUACCCCUACCAGCACCCAGUCUGGUCCUUGGAGCACAUGAACCCUACACUCUACUACCUCUCCUGUGGGGGUGGUGGAUCUUAUACCCAGUCAAACCCGAGACUGGUGAGGCAAUCACAGGAGUUGUGGUCUGAGGGCAGUUUCUUUUCGGGGGAACUUCGAUGGGGGAGGCUAAGCCGUUCUUGGAGUCCCAUCAAGGAGCUGCCAGGCUUUGUUCAGGAUGAUCUGCUCAGAGUGUACGGUACUUACCCUCAUACAGAAGUGUUCAUCACCUAUCAUGAUGGGGAGUUUCUAGUACAGGGCAAACCCCGAGUGGGACAACAAGAAUACCGAGUGGAGAGGAGAGUGGUUCGGGACACACCUAUCCCCCUCAGCAGUGAGGCUGGGGCAGAGGCCAGCAGAGGUGAUGAUGAGGCCGAAAACAAUAGAGGAAACCAGAGCUGAGGGAGCUGGACCGUCAGUAUCUGUCCCAGGAUUCUGAAAAUGGAUUAAACAUCAAAGCCUCAGCAGAAGAGAAAUCCAAGGAUUGAGCAAGAGGCCAUUUGGGAGGGAAAUAAUGUGUACUUUCAUAUGCUGACUGAGAUCUUAAUACCUUUCUUGCUCCACUGAUGUUUGUAUAUACCCUGCUACUAUGGGGAGUUCUCUAGUCUCCUGGAACCAAGAAAAGGGAGGAAAAUAAUGAAGAUGCCCAGACAACUCGGCCUUUUAAAGGAAUCCAAGUCCCACCUAUACCCAAGCUGUACCUCAGUGCUGUAUUUCCUCUCCACCCCUCAUGUCUCAGAUGUUUUUAUUGGCUGUGUCAGUCUUGAGUUUAGGUGGCAUUGGGCCUCUGCUGAGAAGCAGAGGAUCUUUCCUGUGACCUGAUCUUACACUAAGUAGGGCCAGCUGUACCCCACUCCUUUUCCACCACCACCCCUGUAAGGCCUUGGGCUGGACUAACCCCAAGUGUUUCCCAUUACAUUUUAUAAGUGACUUCUGUACGACUCAUGUAUCUGAAAGUGAAUUAAAGGGAUUGAAGCCAAA